CUCGAGAAAUUCAAAACUCCAGAAAAGAGGAUGGAUGAAGCGUAUGCUGACAGUUUAAGCACGGAUUAUCGAUGGGUUGGACACUCUCAUUUUGAUAGCCAUCCUUCAGCCGGCGAUAGCUUUCAGUUAGAUUCUAAUGGAGAGGAUUUGGAUCCUUCUCGUAUUGAUCGAAUAGGCAAAAUUGCAGAACUCCUAGAUGGAUUAGAAGAAGAUCAAAUCCAUGAACUUGUUUCGGGAAUUAAUGAUACUGUUAUCCAAGACAAAGCUCCUACCAACCAAGAGCAGGUGAAUGCAGUCAACUUAUCCAAUUCUCCCAUGAAAGAAAACGACCAUAAUUUAUUUCAACAAUUUUCUCAAUCUCAACCUUCAGGUCCGAUUUUUUCAAAUCCUUCCUUUCCUCCUCCACAGCACCCUGUAACAUUUACGAGUACACCCUAUAAACAUGUGCCAGCUGUUUCAGAUCCGGAAUCUUACCAUUCGCAGCAAUUUUUUGAUAACGACAAUCAAAAUCGAAACAAAAAUCAGAAGCAAAAGCAAUUGUCAUUUCCCUCUUCACAUUCGACUGCAAUUUCUCAAACAAGUCAACCACCAGCAGUACCUUCGAACCCCGAGGCUCCGUCAACUCAACAUUUUGAAGUACCCUCCAAUACCAAUUCUAACAUGUAUCAGCCUAGUAUGGCUGGCAGGACAAACCAACCUACUCAGCAAGACUUCUUGCAUGAACAAGAAGCACAUUCCCCGCUUUACUCAAAUUACCCCAAAAUUUAUCCCCAACAUCCUGGAGUUCCUAUAAACCGUGGUAAUGUUCAUGUAGAGUCAGUUCAUGAUCACCAAGAGCCUACUAUCGCCUGCCCUCCGACUUCAUCGACUUGUGUCUCAACAAUAAGCCAACCCCCUCAAUCAGCUGCGGGCAAUAAGGACGGUCCUCCUGUUUCCCAACCUACAAAUGUGCAUCUUCAAACUUCUCCCCCAGAAGCGUCUGCUCCUGCUUCUCAUGCUUCAACUAUAGAAGUUUUACCACCCGCACUAAAUGAUGCAUUGACAAAAAUGAAUUCGACUAUACAAUCUCUGACAAAUCAAUGCCAACAAAGGGACAAACAAAUUGAUACCCUAACUAAGCAACUCCUUUUUAAAAAUCAGCACGCUGCUCCUACCGUUAUGCCCGCUAUUUUAUCCAACGCAUCUGGUGCAACAAAUCAAAGAAACAUGAAUGAGUCUCAAAAUUCUUACCCACGUAAGCCUCCUGCCAAACAAACUCGCUCUGUAACUGUUGGUAACGACGCUUCUUUCCCUUAUACAAAACCCCAAGGCACUGUACCAAAUGAAAUUCGAGUACAACUAACAACGCUAGAUGCAAUUCUAUUGCAAUUUGACCACCUGAGGAAAGAAUUGUCUCAGGCCCGUCAUGAAAUCCAAGUUUUAAAAGAAGAUGCAAGCCAAGCGAAAGGGGUCACAGAAAAUGGAAAAGCUACAUCUGCCACUGAUGAUAUUUCCAAAACAGAUACCUCAUGCAACAGGUAUCCGGAGAACAAAGAACAAUGUUCACACCAACAGAAACCUAGAUCCUCCGUGUUACAGCCUAUAGAGGUGCCUAACAAAACUCUCAACAAAAGUGAAAGAAGUAUUCCCAUGGUUACGAAGCUAAACAAUGACAGUCAUUCACCUAUUUCGCAUGCUUCGAAACCUUUGUUACCACAAGACAUGCCUGAUUCGAAGUUUAAGUUGCCUCUAGAAAAUCAACUGUAUUACCGGUUAGGACUACAUUUAAUUGACCGCCAAUGUAGUAUAGAGACUGCGAAUAUGCUUAAAUCUGUACUGAUACAGCUUGACAUGCCCUAUACUAUCUUUCCAAUUGCCAUUGGACAAGUGCGAAGACAGUUACAACAAGGUAGGCGACUGUAUCAAUGGAUACAAGUUGUUCACUACUUGAUAUUUCACGAAAAGAUGAAAGAAGGCCUUGUUUCAAAGCAAUGCUUGUCUGAUUUACUAAGAAAACUGCAAGAGAAACUACGUUCAACUCGAAAGUAAAAAUUCUAUACGAUAUAGUUUUACAUUAAUGUUAUUUUGACGGAUAAGGGUAAAUGACUAAAGAAAUGUAUUAUUAAUAAAAAUUCUGAGCAUCAUCGAAAAAAAAAGGGCUCGAAAAAACUGAAAUAGACUAGUUGGUAAUGAAGUAAUAUUUGAUGCAUUAAAAGAAGGA